UAGCGUGUUUUGUGUUCGGUGAAAUGCCGUGUCUAUAACGAAAUCACCUUUCAUUCUUCGAACGAUCGUACCCGUCGUUGGUCGUGUGUCUCGUUUCGCUGCUGCUGCGGUACGGUUCCUGGUCUCGCGUUUUUAGGCUCCACUAGUUCAGAACUCGCAGAGGAUAGGAUUGUUGGUGUUUGUUUGUGUGCUAAGAACGUAAAACGUAAGAAUGAAUUACAAAUUGCUGAUUUGGUGUUGCCUUCUGGUGCCGCUUGUGGCGUCGCUGCCUCAGGAGGACGGACUUCGAUCGCUGCUUCUGCAAAGAUCGCGCCAAAGGAGUAAAGGUCAGUUUGCACUUGCAGAAAAUGACGUGUAUAAAUACGAGGACCAGAGUCGGCCCGGAAAUCAAAUCGUGGGACAUGGCAAGGCGAAAUCGGACGAGUCUGAAUCAACUGACGAAACAGCUGCCCCCAGCAGCACCGCAACUCCACUUCCCAAGAAAGGGCUCCAUCCGUUGUUGGCACGCAAAAAGAUUCAAUUAACUCCGAAAGAAGUCAAAGCUAAGGACAUUGAAGAUACUAGUAGUAGUAGCACCACUGCUGCUACUUCCGUGUCUGCAGCCGAAACAUCUGAAGGUACAUCAGAUGCCACGACUGGUACAACACGUCGUCCACGACCCACUCGUCCCGGUCGUGUAACUCUUAGCCGAUUGACGACCUCACGGACGCCAAGAACCACCACUAAACGUACCGUCACAACUCCGUCGGAGUCGAAUGUCUCGACUACCUCUCGAACUACCAGAGCCCGCCGAGCAAGACCAACUCGACCAUCCAAACUGACCUCCAGCUCUGCUCUUCCGGAUGUCUCUACGCCUACAGAUAUCACUUCGACGGCGGCCGCGCUAUCAGCCCAAGCAUCUCCCACUCCUACAGUCAGUGCUGCUCCUAUCAGCAGCAGCAGUAGCUCUACUUCCACCUCUACGUCAACAUCCACGUCAACAAGCACAUCGACGACGACGACAACGACAACAACCGCGAGUCUGACAGCGGCCUCUCCGCUGUUGGAAGAAGCAGCCUCGUCGGUUCCUGCAGUGUCGUCCUCGGUUUUGAAGGUCGAAAAUACAGUUGGACCAGCGCGUGAUUAAAUCGUGGGUAAGUCUUGGCUAUGAUAUAAAUUGGAAGGAUCGUUCGUUAUGUUCUGUGUAAAGUAGACUGGAGAAAUAUAGAACUAAUGUGGUGCAAAGACGCAAUUCCACGAAAAUCAAAA